CCGCGGCCCCCUCCCCGCCUCUCUCCGCCGCUCUUCUGGCUCCCCGGUCAGAGGGCCGGAGCGAGAAGAUGGCGAAGACGUAUGAUUAUCUGUUCAAGCUGCUGCUGAUCGGCGACUCUGGGGUGGGCAAGACCUGCCUGCUAUUCCGCUUUUCCGAAGACGCCUUCAACACCACCUUCAUCUCCACCAUCGGCAUUGAUUUUAAAAUCAGAACGAUAGAACUAGAUGGAAAGAAAAUUAAGCUUCAGAUAUGGGACACAGCGGGUCAGGAAAGAUUUCGAACCAUCACGACAGCCUACUAUAGAGGAGCCAUGGGAAUUAUGCUGGUCUAUGACAUCACAAAUGAAAAGUCCUUUGACAAUAUUAAAAAUUGGAUAAGAAACAUUGAAGAGCAUGCCUCUUCAGAUGUUGAAAGAAUGAUCCUGGGUAACAAAUGUGAUAUGAAUGACAAAAGACAAGUAUCAAAAGAAAGAGGAGAGAAGUUAGCAAUUGACUAUGGGAUUAAAUUCUUGGAGACAAGUGCAAAAUCCAGUAUGAAUGUAGAAGAGGCAUUUUUUACACUUGCACGAGAUAUAAUGACAAAACUCAACAGAAAAAUGAACGACAGCAAUUCAUCAGGGGCAGGUGGACCAGUGAAAAUAACAGAAAACCGAUCAAAGAAGACCAGUUUCUUCCGUUGUUCGCUACUUUGAUGAACUUUUUCUGAGAGACUGCAGCACAUCUUGAGGACCCUCUCCUGCUUCUCUGAAAGCACAGGUCACCCAGCCUCAGAACCACCCCGCCUGGCUGCUACUGAGAGCACCGCUGAACCUAUACCUAGAUUCUGCACACUGAGUGUGCAGUGGAUUCCAGCCUUAUGGCCCAUCAGGAUAACAGGCUUCACUCUUCAAACGUGGAAGCCAUGAAGUGGAGACAUGUGCCGGACUUAACUUGUUUUUCCUCUGUUUUAUUGCGUGUUGCAGAAGCUGCUAUCUUUUUCUUUUUCACUUUGCACAUCAGUGUUAGCCUUUCAUUGUUACAGCACAAUCUGAGAUUCAUAUCUGCACACUUCUGACAGAUUUGCUUUUGGGAAUGUUUUUAAAAAAAGAGUAGAACAUUUAAAGCAGAGGUUAAUAUACUAAAAUUUUAGGACAUUUGGUCUGGUUCAUAUGGCCAAAUGUUAUUGCAUUGAUAGCAUUUAUUUAAGGGCUCUGGUUUUCUUAAAUAAAAGAGUCAUUAAAUUUUGAUAAAAGUUAAUUUUAGAAAUUCCUAAAAAUUCCCAUCAAAGGCCACAGUUUAUUUCUUCAAAUUGUUUAGAGUUUUCUUCAUUCCUGACCUUUUUGCCGGAGAGUCUGAGUAGCUGAAUAAAUCAUUUUUUUAAAUUGAUUACUUCUGCCUACUCUAUUGAAGCUGCAUUUGGAAAUCAUCUUAAUGUCACUUUUCUUGAGAUUUGUGUUCCCUCUUCUUUCCUACGUUUGACCUAUUGUAAUCACUCACCUAAAACAUAUUUGAACACUGCUGUCUGUUUCUACAUGUAAACUUCUUGAGCUGGAAUUUUACGUAGGCAGAGAGUUAGUUUAGGGUUUUAUUUCAGCAUCUAAUUGAUGUUUUGUCACAUCAGCAUAUGUCAUAUAUCUUUUCCCAGAUUCACUCUUAGCUUACUGGUUUAGUAGUAAUGCCCAGUUCUUACCAUAAUCCCUGUCUGAAGAGUUAGAUUCGGACUCAGUUCACAGAAAGCUUACCCAUAGGGAGAGAGGUUAACUUGUGGAUGUAAUUUCACAGAGAUAAUUGUUGGUAAUGGUGAAAAUGAUUUUUUUUAAUUGGACUUUUAUUAUUAUUAUUAAGAGUAAUUAGUCCUAGUGCAUCCUCUAGGAAAAGUCUCACCUUUUCGUUAGAGAAAAUAAGAGCAUGGUUUCAGUUUUACAACAGCUAUUAUUAAAUGUGUAGAACCCAGAUCCAUCUAUUCAGGUUCACUGUUAUAGAACUUGGUCCAGCCAUUUGGAUGAAAGCCAACCAAAAGCUUAGCUGCCUUUCUCAUCAUACACUGGUACUGGUAAUGCCUUUUGUAGAUGAAACUGUCACAUAAGGAAAAAAAGAAAGUAUUUAGUAUUAACUUACGUGCCAAAUUCAUUAUAUUAUUCCAGCCUUCAGUGUCAUAACACAGAGGGAAUAAUAAAGAGGUGAUUAGGGAUUAAUAAUUAUACUUCCUGUUAAGCCAGUUUUGUUUCACAAAGGUUCCCAUCAUGCUUGAUGGUUAAGGCUGGAAGAUGAAAGUGGAAAUGGAUUGCUUGUUACUGCAGAGAAUUCUGCUUCAAAUUAAGAUGUAUCACUGGAAUACUUGGACCAAACGGUCUUCACUACUUGUUUGAAAAGUUAGGCACAAUUUAGUGGCAGGAAAUAUAUACCAGAGCUAGUUUUGAUGGGUUCUCUAAACUUAAUAUCCACAAAUUUUAGUCUCCUUGACUUUUUUUUUUGUACUUAACUUAUAGGCUUAAAAGCACCUAUUGGUGUACCAGUAAAAUCAGUAGUUCCUUGAUCACAAGUGGACUGUAAGUCUACCAUCUUAAAAUUAGAUAUUAAUAUAUUUCUGAAAUGAAGAAAAAAAUUUCUUAGAAACAUCUUGUAUUCAUUAAUUUUCAGGAAAAGAUCCCAGCAGUUAAGCUUUCUGGAUGGUAACAAGGUAAUUUCUAAAAGGCAAGUGCUAUGACACCACCUAUGAAUGUAACCCUCUUAGUAAUUUACCUCGGACUCUUUGGUGUCUUAACACUUUGGUUUAUAUCUCAGGGGUUGUCUGCAAACCAAAACUGACAUAUUCUGUGGUUAACCUUUUUUUAUUUUUAACAGAAUGCUUUGCUUUUGUUUGUUUUGUUUUUUCCUUUUCUCUUCUGUGUCGCAUAUGGGUUAAUAACUAGUCUCCAUGAACUUCCCUUUGAAAGAGCCUAUAAAAGUUAGAUGAGUCCAAAAGUGUUCUUUGAAGUAGCAGCAAACUGGGGGUAUAUACUCUGUUAUAUAAAAAUAAAUUAUCCUUGCUAUUUUCUUACAUUUAGCUUUGCUAAAUUGUAUAUAAUUUGAGCUAAGACCAUAGGAAAUUCACUUUCUGCAUGGUAACACUGCCCCAAUAAAUAUUCCACUUUGCUUAACAA